AUGGUGACGGGCACCUCGGUGCUGGGAGCCAAGUUCGACGGCGGGGUGAUCAUCGCCGCGGACAUGGUGGGCUCCUACGGCUCCCCCGCCCGCUUCCGCAGCAUCUCCCGGCUGCUGAAGGUGAACGACACCACCAUGCUGGGCGCCUCCGGCGACUACGCCGACUUCCAGUACCUCAAGCAGAUCAUCGACCAGAUGGUAAUCGACGAGGAGCUCUUGGGAGACGGUCACAGUUACAGCCCGAAAGCCAUCCACUCCUGGCUGACAAGAGUCAUGUACAACCGGAGAUCCAAGAUAAAUCCGCUCUGGAACACCGUUGUCAUUGGAGGCUACUACAACGGCGAGAGCUUCCUAGGUUACGUGGACAUGCUCGGCGUGGCCUACGAAGCCCCUACACUUGCUACAGGUUACGGAGCGUACCUCGCUCAGCCACUGAUGAGAGAAGUCUUGGAUAAGAAGCCCAGCCUGACGAAGGAGGAGGCCCGUGACCUGAUUGAGCGUUGCAUGAAAAUUUUGUAUUACAGAGAUGCUCGAUCGUUCAACAGGUAUGAAGUAGCUAUCGCAACGGAGAAAGGCGUGGAGGUGGAAGGACCCCUGACCCUGGAAGCCAACUGGGAGAUCGCGCACCUGGUCAGGUAA